CAAGUGGAUCUGGUCAAGAUCAUGUCCGAGGAGGGAUAUUUCGGCGAGAGCGAGAGCGAGGUCGAGGUGAGCGGAUCCGAUGUCCCAGCGCCAGCACGGAGCUUCGACGAUCUGUCGCUCCAUUCCAUCCUCAACGACAACAUCAGGCAGUGCCGGUUCACGGUGCCGACGCUCGUCCAGAAGUACGCCAUUCCGAUCUGCCUCGCGGCUAGGGAUCUCAUGGCGUGCGCGCAGACGGGAUCCGGGAAGACUGCCGCAUUUUGCUUCCCGAUCAUCGAAGGGAUUCUCAGGGAGCCCGUCCCAGGCAGGGAAGGGAGGAGGAGAGUUUCCAUUCCUCUGGCUCUCAUUCUUUCUCCUACUCGAGAGCUCGCGCAGCAGAUAGCCGAUGAAGCUUUCAAGUUUUGCUACCAAACGGGAGUUCGUGUUGGAGUUGUCUAUGGAGGAACACGACUCUGGAGCGAUAACUUGGGUGGAGUUGACAUACUUGUGGCUACGCCCGGUCGUUUGAACGAUCUUUUGGACCGAGAGAUGGUGGAGCUCCAGAAACUCAAGUACUUGACUUUGGACGAAGCCGAUCGGAUGCUGGACAUGGGCUUCGAGCCGCAAAUCCGACGCAUUGUGGAGGAGUCGGGCAUGCCAGGAGCGGAACUUCGGCAGACGCUCAUGUUCAGUGCGACUUUUCCUAAAAAGAUUCAGAGGCUUGCCGGGGAGUUUUUGCGGAAAGACUAUGUUUUCCUUGCCAUCGGAGAAGUUGGCUCUAGUACCAGUCGCAUCGAGCAGGAGGUCAUCUUUGUCCAGCGCAACCAGAAGUACGACUGCCUAGGAAUGGUCAUAGAUCGCCAGCAGAUGCAUGGAACCAAAAACAAUAAAACGCUGGUGUUUGUUGGCACCAAGCUCAAGGCUGAUGAUCUCGAAAUCUGGCUGCGUUCCAGAGGCUAUGUUGCCAUUGCGAUUCACGGAGAUAAAACGCAAGAGGAAAGAAGACGCGCCUUGAAAUCUUUCAAGAGUGGAUCCACGCCCCUUCUCGUUGCAACCGAAGUAGCCUCCCGAGGCAUCGACAUCCCGGACGUGUCCCAUGUCAUCAACUUCGACCUCCCGACGAACAUCGACGAUUACGUGCACCGCAUCGGGCGAACUGGACGAGCGGGCAAGAGAGGAUUCGCCACAGCUCUCUUCUGCGACGGGGACGCUCCUCUGGCGCACAAGCUCGUCCAUCUGCUCGAGAGUUGCAACCAGCAAGUCCCCGACUGGUUGAUCCAGAAGGCGGCCGAGAGCUCUACUGUGACUGAUCGUCACGAAAGGAGAAUGGGUUCUUCCUGGGGUGCUCCAAAUCGUAGCUGGAUGACCAACAAGCAUGGUCGAAGCUCUUUCUACUGGUAGAAAUUUUUUUUAAGGUUGUAUGCUAUAAACUUUGGUUUCCUUUAACUCUAAAUCUCUUGACCGUUUAAAACA